AUGAACAAAAGGAAGUACACUUUGGCUAAAUUGCUGUCUGAACUUCAGUCGGCGGAGGAUCUUAUGAUCCAAGCUAAGGCAACGAUGGUUAGUUCGACACAUCACUCCUCUGGCCCUAGGCCUGGCGCAGGAAGGAAGAAAGUGACGAACCAGGUUGCUGCUAAGGAUGCUAAGGGAAAGAAGAAGAGGAAUCCUAAUAAGAAGCAAACAGGAAAGUGUUUCAAGUGUGGACAGAAGGGGCAUUGGAAGCAGGAUUGCCCUAAAAGGGCUAAGGCGAUAGGUAUGCACCAAGCUAUAGUUGUCGAGUCAUGUUUGGCUUUGAUAUCAUCUUAUACUUUGGUUAUUGACACGAGAGCUACUGAUCAUAUUUGUUUUGAUCCUGAUUUAAUACAGAUGGACGUUAAGACUGCGUUCUUGAAUGAUAGUCUUGAAGAGACCAUCUACAUGGAACAACCCGAAGGAUAUACUGUGAAGGGCAAGGAACUCAUGUUCUACAUAGACUGCUCCUUUUAUAGGUAUUACACAAGCUUUCAGAGGGAGAUGAGUCAGUUGACAGCUGUAGCUUGCCUCUCUGUAGCUGCUAAAGUAGAGGAAACUCAAGUGCCCCUUUUGUUAGAUUUGCAAGUUGAAGAAUCUAAGUAUGUGUUUCGAGGCCAAGAUGAUUCAGAGAAUGGAGCUUCUUGUGCUCUCCACGCUCCAAUGGAGGAUGAAUCCGGUGACGCCAUUGUUGUUCGUCGACCACAUUGCGAGGAAAUUCGAGUUUGUAAAGAACCUACCUUGGGAAUUCUCGAGGAGAUGCGAGAGUGUGAUACUUUCAUCCAUUGCCGAUUGAUUAUUGAUGGAAAAACUUAUGCUAGUGCAGAUUCUAGGUUGGUACGUUAUCUGCCUUCUGUGAUUGCUGUUGCGACGAUAAUUUAUGUGAUUAGAGAGAUACCAUGA